GGGCCGGCGAUGGAGGAUCCGGAGAACGCAGCGGCGGACGAGCGUGAUCAGGAGAGCCGGCAAAGCGCGCAGCUCGACGCGGAGGCUGAAGCCGAGCGGCCGAACUCGGGCGCCCAACACAAACUGCUCCGCCUGCCGCUGAGCCGCAUCAAGGGGCUGAUAAAGGCGGACCCCGAGGUGACGCUGGCGAGUCAGGAGGCCGUGUUCGCCAUCGGCAAGGCCACGGAGCUGUUUGUUGAGGUGAUUGCAAAGGAUGCAUACACAUAUGCUCUGCAAGCAAAGCGUAAAACGAUCCAGCGGAAGGACUUGGAUAAUGCAGUAGAUGCUGCAGAUGAAUUUGCAUUUUUAGAAGGAACUCUGGAGUGAAAUGAAGACAAGUUUCACAAGGCCAAAGUAACUGUAGAUGGAGAGCUGCCUUCAGAUAUGCUCAUUAUAGAUGUAUAUUUUGUAUAAUUUGUAAAAAGGAAGUUGUACCUGUUGUGUGAGUAACUGUAUGAUUCCAGGUGUGAAUGUUUUCAGAUUAAAUAACUUGCAUCACAUUAAGUUUCUGUAAUUUUUUUUGAAUAUUGCCUUGUAAUCUCAUGACCUUACAGGGAUUGUGGUUAGUAUAUGUGAAAGAAAAUUUCUCUGGAAUUAUACUAUGUGUAGGAUUGGUAGUUUACAUAAACUGUGAAAGAAAUUAUCUGUUUUAACUGUCACCACCAUCCCUUUACAAACAUCUUAAUGCUUGUAACUUGUAAUGUUACAAUACAUUUGAGCAGGUACUGCAACAGUGCUGCCUCUAGGCAGUGACCUGAGCUCCACCAUCUGCUACUUUAUUAAUAAUCUUUCUUCCAUUAUAAGGUCAGAGUGGAAAUGUACAGUUAUCUGCAAACAAUGUUCCAUUCACAACUCAUUUAAAAAGUGAAGUAGUGUGUGUUUACGUUCAGUAGGGUCUAGAUUGCAGUCAGAUAUGGGCUGAUAUGUGUCACAAAUACUACUUGCCAUAUAUGCCAAUAAAUAACCAUCUUCAACAUGGGAGACUUAUUCUUGACUUCAAUAAUAUAAUUGCUGAGUCUUCUAUCAUCAAUGCCCUGAAGAUCAUCAUUGUCCAGAACUCAGUUGGACCGGCCACAAACUGUAGCUACAAGAACAGAUGAGAGGUUAGGUAUUCUGUGGUGAGUGAUGAGCUUCCUGACUUCCCAAGACCUUUGCACCACUAAGAAGGUAGAAGUCAAGAGUCUUAUGGAACACUCCUGUUACCUAGAGGAGUGCAGUUUCAACACCUCUCUAAGCUGGUACAAAUCAGUUCAAUAGCACCCAAUUUACCAUUGUCCUUGCUUGGGCUACUUCAAUAGCACUCCCAAACAUGCAAAACCCUCAAGAAGGAUAGAAAAAGUUCAGAAGGAUAUUGGUCAAACGCAGGCAAAUGGGACUGGCGCAGAUAGACAUCUUGGUCAGCAUGGAUGAGUUGGACCGUAGGACCUGUUUCCAUGCUGUAUAACUCUAUGACUCUAAGGAUUAGAGCAGGAGGCACAUGAGAACACUACUAUCUGCAGAUUCGCUUCCCAAGAUCUGCCCUAUCCUGCUUUGAAAUUACAUUGCCAUUGCUUCAGUGGUUUUCUAAACCCCAGAACUCCCUACUCAAAACGAGUGAGGAAGUACGUGCAGCAGGACUGCAACAGUUUAAGAAGGUUGCUCACCACCCAUUCAAGGGCAAUUCGGGAGAGACAAUAAAUGCUGACUUUGCCAGCUAUACUAAUAUUCCAUAAAUUAAUAAAAAAAUCACUAUCUUUUGCUAUUAUUGCUAAGUACAUCAUGCAGCUGAUGUGAAAUCUGUACUGCUCUAGAGCAUUGGAACAUUAGAAAUUUAGCUCCGAAAGCACUUCCACUUCCAACCUGAAACUUGCUACAGGGAUUCUAUCCAGAUUUUAUUAGUUUCUGUUUUACUUAAUAAUUAUUUUUUGGUCCAAGGUAGGAUGGCUGAUUGCUGCUUAUGUUUGAAAUGCCUGAUAAAAAUUGCACUAUCAACUAAUCAUUUAUUAAUUUAUGAUACCUUUAGGAUACUAGUUUCAGACAUCAGAUUCAAUUACAUUGUUUCCCAAAUUCUUGAAUCUAUUUAUCUUGAACCAACUCACACUAAUUACCCUCCCUUAGUUGUUUCUGUUUUUUAACCAAGAAGAGACAUAAUGCUCACAUCAAAUACAUUUGUGACUUUCAGUUCAUCUUUGCUUGCAGACAUUUUGGGCAAUAAUAAUAUCUCCCUUAUCUAUUCAGCACCAUAUUUUUGUGCUGCUGCCUGGGCUUGGUGGUAAUGAUAGAGGAUGUUGGAGUGUGUGGGCAGUAGUAGUGGGAUGGAUUUUCUUUGUCAGUAAAAUCCUGGUGCAGUGCAUUCAAGUGAUGAUCCUCUUUGUAUAAUCACACAUAACCUACCUUCACUAAUUUAAUGUGACCUGUCUAUAUGCAGUGUUUCCUCCUCAUCACCCUCCCUCUGCCAACUGUCAUAAACACGUCAGGAGUUAAACUGGGCAGAAAUUGCUGAUCUGAACAAUGAGGUCAAUGCCUGUAAGGUUGUCAAAUUUUGAAGGGUAAUAUUGACCAUGGAAUACUUGGUCUUUUCUUUUGAUUACCUGAAUUCUUACUGCUUCUCUGAAGGUUGACUAGUUCCUGCUCAUUUCCCACACAUCAAAUUGUUUGAAUUGUACCUCAUGCUGAAUUUUAUCUCCAACUGAAUCUGUAAUAACCAUGUUUCAAUUUUGUUGUACUCUUCUACAUAUGUGUACCAUUGUGUCUGGCAAGAUGUUGACCCAUUCUUUCUUACUGCUCUAACCUCAGGAGUUCAAGGUCUUCAUUGAUAUUGUUUGCAUUCUGAAUAAGAAAGCUGAGAGUUCGAGAGUUCACGAGAUCACAAGACAAAGGAGCAGAAGUAGGCCAUUUGGCCCAUCGAGUCUGCUCUGCUACCUCACCAUGAGCUAAACUAUUCUCCCAGCUAGCCCCAAUUCCUGGCCUUUUCCCCAUAUCCCUUGAUACCCUGACUAACUAGAUACCUAUCAUUCUCCUCCUUAAACUCACCCAAUGAUUGGGCCUCCACAUUUGUAUGCGGCAACGAAUUCCAUAAAUCCACGACCCUCUGGCUAAAGAAAUUUCUCCUCAUUUCUGUUCUAAAUAGAUACCCUCUAAUUCUAAGACUGUGCCCUCUUGUCCUGGACUCACCCACCAUGGGAAACAACUUAGCCACAUCUACUCUGUCCAGUCCUUUCAACAUUCAAAAUGUUUCUAUGAGGUCCCCUCUCAUCCUUCUGUACUCCAAUAAAUACAGUCCAAGAGCUGACAAUCGCUCAUCGUACAUAAGCCCUUUCAUUCCGGGAAUCAUCCUCGUAAAUCUUCUCUGUACCCUCUCCAACAUCAGUACAUCCUUCCUAAGAUAAGGGGCCCAAAACUGCACACAAUAUUCCAAAUGAGGUCUCACCAGUGCCCCAUACAGCCUCAUCAACACAUCCUUACUUUUAAACGUUAUACCUCUCGAAAUGAAUGCCAACAUAGCAUUCGCUUUUCUUACCGCCGAUCCAACCUGGCUCUCCCACAGGACUUUAGCAUAUAAUCUAGCUUCAUGUUUCAGUGUGAUACUACAACCUCUAGAGAAGUGUUGAUGGGUUGAUUAGAGAGGCAAGGAGAGAUUUUGGAGGAAGAGCAAAACAAGUUCCUUCUGUGUUUCAAUAGUGAGUGGAGAGCCAAGAAAUUCAUGUACAAAUAGGCUUAGCAAGGCAAGCACAUUCUAGAUAUAAAUUCUCAACCAAAUAAGACUAAAAUGGACUGCAGGAAUAUAUGGCAUUUAAGGCCUUUGUAUUAAGAGGAAAAGAUUUGUGAAGUAUUGACUCUUUUCGCAGCUACCAUCUGGCAGGAGGUACAGAAGCCUGAAGUCCCACACCACCAGGUUCAAGAACAGCUACUUACCUUCAACCAUUCGGUUCUUGAACCAACUGGCAAAACCCUAAUCACCACAGUUUAGCGAUCACUUUGCACUAAAAUGGACUUUUUUGUUCUAAUUCUGUUCUUCCUUGUAAAAAAUUGUGCAUAAUUUACGUUGAAUUUAUCUCUUGUGAAUGCUGCUUAGAUGAUGCUAUAUGCCUGUGAUGCUGCUGCAAGUAAGUUUUUCAUUGCACCUGUGCAGAUAUGUACUUAUGCAUAUGACAAUAAACUCGACUUUGACUUUGA